GUCUUCUCCCGAGUAUCAGGAUGUGGUUCUGGUCUCGGGACCCGGCCCGUGAUUUUCCGUAUGACGUCACCGGGGAGCGAGAAGAGUUACCGGGAGGAUGGGGGAUACAGAAGGGGAAAAAGAAGACUGGUGGAGAUCCCGUGUCUGUAUUCACUUACGAGAUCCGGCCUGGGGCUGAAGAGCAGACGCAAGCAGCAAAAACAGCCUCAAAGAGGAUCAAAACCCUGAAACACCCCAAUAUUUUAUCGUAUGUAGAUGGACUGGAGACCGACAAAUGCCUGUACAUUGUGACAGAGCCCGUUACACCACUGGAGACGUAUGUGAAAUUGAGAACUGACAGUGGAGGAGUCAGUGAGCUUGAGAUAUCGUGGGGGCUUCAUCAGAUUGUGAAAGCUCUGAGUUUCCUGGUGAAUGAUGGUAACCUUAUUCACAAUAAUGUCUGUAUGUCGGCGGUGUUUGUGGAUCGAGCAGGCGAAUGGAAGUUGGGGGGCCUGGAUUACAUGUACACAGCAGGAGCUGAAAACACUGCACCUCGAAAGGGCGUUGAAAUGGAGAAAUACAACCCCCCAGAAAAGACAGACCGUAGCAAAACAUCCAAGGAGAAGUGGUCAGCUGACAUGUGGUGCCUUGGCUGCUUGAUAUGGGAGGUGUUUAAUGGGCCACUUCCUCGCCCAACUGCUCUUCGGUCCCUGGGAAAGAUUGCUAAAUCACUGGUGCCUCAUUACUGCGAGCUGGUUGGAGCAAACCCCAAAAUCCGUCCCAAUCCUUCACGAUUCCUUCAGAAUUGCCGAUCUCCAGGGGGAUUCUUUUGCAACAGUUUUGUGGAGACCAACCUUUUCCUGGAGGAAAUACAGAUCAAAGACCCAGCGGAAAAGCAGACAUUUUUUGAACAGCUCAGUGAAAACUUAGACUCCUUUCCUGAAGAUUUUUGCCGACAUAAAAUCCUCCCUCAGCUGCUGACAGCCUUUGAAUUUGGCAGCGCAGGCGCUGUUGUUUUACCCCCGCUAUUCAAGAUUGGAAAAUUUCUGAAUGCUGAUGAAUACCAACAAAAAAUCAUUCCAGUUGUAGUUAAAAUGUUUUCUUCUACUGACCGUGCCAUGAGGAUACGACUACUGCAGCAGAUGGAGAACUUUAUCCAGUAUUUAAAUGAACCGACAGUCAACGCACAGAUUUUCCCCCACGUCGUUCAUGGUUUUAUGGACACCAACCCUGCUAUACGGGAGCAGACAGUAAAGUCUAUGCUGCUGUUGGCCCCAAAACUAAAUGAGAAUAACCUCAAUAUGGACUUGAUGAAGCAUUUUGCCAGACUACAGGCACGUGAUGAUCAAGGACCAAUCCGCUGUAACACAACUGUCUGUCUUGGGAAGAUCGCUCCGUACUUAAAUCCUGCUACACGUCAGAGGGUCCUGAUUUCAGCCUUCAGCCGAGCCACCAAGGAUCCGUUUGCUCCAUCCCGGGCGGCAGGAGUUCUUGGUUUUGCUGCUACACACAACUUCUAUUCCAUGGCAGACUGCGCUGGAAAGGUUCUGCCUGUUCUAUGUGGGGUCACUCUGGAUCCAGAGAAAAAUGUCAGAGAGCAGGCUUUCAAAACAAUCCGCAGCUUUCUGGAUAAACUAGAGACAGUAUCCGGGGAUCCAUCACAGCUGGCAGAACUAGAAAAGGAUGUCCACACAGCUUCAGCAAGCCCAAGUGUUGUGGGAGGAUGGGCAGGCUGGGCUGUCACUGGUGUUUCUUCCUUGACCUCCAAGUUCAUCCGCACAGGGGGUGGAGCCCAGGAUGCAUCUCCUUCAGAAGGGGCACCAGCACCUCCAGCCACCAUAGAAGCAAGCAAACCGGAUACUGUUCCUUCACCAUCUGCUCCCCCUGCUGCCUCAACCACCCCAUCCAGCUAUGAACCCGAAGAAGAAAAAGGUGCCUCAGAUUCCUUAGAUCGAUGGGAUGAUGAAGAUUGGGGGAGCUUAGAGGACACAGACCAGAGCAAGGGUCAGACUGUGAAUGAUGACUGGGACACAGACUGGGGUCAGAGCAAAACGCAGCAGAAGACUGUCCACUCUUCUUCCUCAAGUUCCAAAGGAGAGCAGGUUUUGCACCCUCCUAACAAAACUUCUGCUCUGGAUGAUGGCUGGGGAUGGGAUGAUGCCUUUCCAACUGUUCCUCCCGCUAAGAAACCCACAGCAUCUAAAUCUCAGCAGCCUGAAGAAGGAACACGCCCUGCUAGUGACUAUAACUGGGAAAGCCCUGGCACCGCUGGGCAACAGGGGGACUUCUUUACAACUUUGUCAGAGCAUUCCAGCCAGAAAACCGAUGAUAGUCGGAAUUCAGACAGCCCUGGGGAUUGGGGAGGAGAAGACAAUUGGGAAUCCGUGGAAGCAGAUCAGGGUCUCAGUAAAGCUGAAAUUGCCCGGAAAAAGCGAGAAGAGCGUCAAAAAGAAAUAGAAGCCAAAAGGGCUGAGAGAAGAGCAGCCAAGGGGCCUUUGAAACUGGGAGUGAGGAAACUGGACUGAGAGGAGCUAGGAAAUAAAUAAGGGACAUGUUGGUGACAUUUUAUCACAUACUCCACAGCAGAAGCAUCAUGUUUAUUGUUUGCCAGACUGGUCCAUUUAUUGCUCUGAGUAAUACUCAAUGCAACACAACCCCAGCAAGCUGUGACACUUUCCAUAAUGAAGAGAACAAGGUCAGAGGUUUCAUAAUAUUUAUGCUGUAUAAAUUUUUAUCUUACAUACAAUGCUGUAUACGUACAGCCAAAGAAUAAAAUUGGAUUUUACGAACCA